AUGCCCUCAUAUAGGGAUUACGUCGCAUCCCGGAGCCGAAUGAACCCCUGUCUAACCACUCUGGUCAAGCACUUGGACCGUGAGUCAGGCAGCGGAUACUCGGCGGUCGUGUUAGACUAUCCUCAAAAGGGCGGGCCACGGGUUGAGCGUCUGGGAGCUGCCGCCGCAGCCUGUAUUAGCCAAUUCCUCCGGACUCCUGCAACGAUUCAUGGACGAAUCCUGUUCGUCGAGAAUAUACAACCUCGCACGAUCGGCCUCCUCGGCGAGUCGCUUGAUAUCGACCCCGUCUUCUUCGCCAACCAUAUCUCCACACACUUUGAGGAUAUCGAGAAAGCGCAGCCACCACCUUAUCUCUCUUUGUUUCCAUCACGGAUUGUCGAGAAUAAUCACCUUCACAUCCAUUGCCAACGAGUUAUAGAUUUGGGAAGUGCAGAUGAGUUCUCAGGCUCCGCUUAUGCUUUCCGAACAAACUCAAACGUUCCUCGAAAUGUCCGGCUCUUGCCCCCAUUAUCAGGUCGGCAGCUUGGGCUUGCCCGGACGUGUUGCUCCGUUCUCCUGAAGAGGUUCAAUAAUUCGUGGAUAUGCCUGAUAAUUGUGGACCCACCUCCGGAGAUCCUGGUUGAGAUACCGAAUUCGGAACAACCGGGGACGAUCCUUGGCGUCGGCUUACAUGGAGGUUUUGAAGACUUUGCGCGACCGAUGCCUUUCUCAACGUACAAGACAACAGGCUGUAACGCGUGGAAGAAGAACUCGAUGAUGGAUAGCUUGCUCCAUUACUUCCGCAGCAACCCUCCAGGAUUCACCCCAAGCCAGCCAAGCAUUCUGAGCCUCGGCUACUAUCCCAUGCGUAUCGGCCUCGCGGAGUGGAUGCUCUAUGCGAAUUUAAUGAGCCGCUACGUCAAGUACUACGAAUACGCCCUCCAUGACGUCCGGGGCCAACUGGAUGGCAAUGACAUCGCCGACCUCCAGCGCUGGCGGCGCCGAAGCAAACAAAGCUUGGACAAGCUGGCGCUUCUCAACAGCUUUAUCGACCAUUGGGUGCAUGGGGAAGCGGAGCAGCAAUUAUGGGACACGGUACAGAAGGAUAUCCUCCACGUGCACUCCCAGUUAGCUUAUUUUGGCCAGUCUUUCGACCAGAUGGUCCUCGCGGCAACGUCGAUCGCGCGGAUGCUUGACUCCCGACGCUCGAUACUCGACGCUGCUAACAUCAAGAGGUUAUCUCACAUUGCGCUAGUAUUCGUGCCCCUGUCAUGGGUCGCCAGCCUGUUUAGCAUGUCUGAUGUCUAUGCUCCUGGAAGCGGCCGGUUUUGGGUGUAUUUCGCCACUGCACUCCCAGUCCUCCUUCUAGUUCUGCUCCUCUCGGAUCUCCAUUCCGAAGGACGGCAUGCUAUGCGCGUCCCUCCCGAUGGCUGGUUCCCACCCUCCGCCCGUGCACGAGCCCCGCCCCGAGAGCUUCGGCCCUGGCACGGCCACGAGUGUCCCUUCCCGGAGGAGGUAUCGGGGAGGAACGGAAACCUGCACACGACCUGCGCCGCUUCUGGAACACAACCACCAGAACUCACCCGCAGGGAUGGACAUCCUCUUGGGUAUGGUGCGAAUUAG